AUGGAUUUAGUCGACUUUCCUAUGGACACGCAAUCGUGCCGACUCAAUUAUCAAAGUUUCUCCUACAACAACGAAGAGGUGCAAAUGCGCUGGAAUAAACGUAGGCAUCCAGUGUUCGUGUUGAAACCGAUAAAUAUCAGCGAUUUCUGGCUCAAAAACAUUAACUCCGGCAGAAGUUAUUACCAGUUUAUUAAACAGAGCUAUCCAGCCGGAAUGUGGGACGAGCUGGUCGUGACAUUCGUGUUCGAGCGCCGUUAUAUGUGGUACCUUCUGCAAGCCUAUCUGCCGACAUAUUUCACAAUUUUCAUCAGGUAA